UUAUUUAAGCUCUCAAGUUUCUGAAGUUUGAAUGCGCACUUAAUCUAUCAUUAACACUCGAUCAGUGAAACACUUUCUUCGAGCAUGAAAAUGUUUGUAAAACUUUUUGCAUUUUGCACAUUGUAUUGUAUUGUGUUGCAGCAUGAAGCAUCUGGAAGCCCAGUCAACCAGCUCCUUGGUUUAGAUGAUGUCGUACAUGAUGACAAGCAAUGUAAAGAUCUACGAGACGACUGCAGUAAUAUACCAGCAAAAGGAGAAGAACUGAUGAAAUACUGUGAAGUAUGGAAAGACGAUGUAGCAGUUCAGGAAUGCCCGAAGACUUGUGGAAGAUGUAAAGCUCCGUCCCCACCUGUUGGAUGCCAGGACGAAGAGGAUGAUUGUCAUUGGAUAACUGAUAUGCAUCCAAACGUUGAUGACUUGGCCGAGUACUGUUCUGGACAUAGAAAUGACAUAGCCGUUAAGCAGUGCAAAAAGACUUGUCAAUUAUGUAACGCCCCGUUUCCACCUGCUGAUUGCAAGGACGAGCGAGAUGAUUGUAGUUGGAUAACUGAUAACAACCCUGAUGCUGAUGACUUGGCCAAGUAUUGCAUAGAAUACAGAGACGACGAUGCAGUCAAACAGUGUAAAAAGACUUGUGGAUUGUGUUGAAGCGAUCAAAAAACAACAACCACAACAAACUUUGAUGGCCAUAUUAGAUGAAAUCACGGACAUUUUGCUUCCGGUCAGCGGUCGUUGUAGGUGGCAGUGGCAGUGGCUAGUAAAAAAUAUUUAAAAUGUAUCCACAUUAUAACCAGAUAAUAAAGAGGUUUCUACUAUGCGAUAAAAAAA